UGCAGCGGAUUCUUUCUAUGCCUUACUGUCACAAGGCAGAAGAGAAAUGGACCCAUUGUCUUCAUAAUCGGCGUUACGAGACGGCUGAUUAGGACUUGCAUUCCCCUGUUUUUCAUCAUCAUGUGCCUGUACGCGCUUCAGCCCUUCGUCACGGGUCCCAACACGAAGGCAUUCUUCCAAGACCUGCACAACGAGGUGGCCUCUCACUGGUGGAGCUUGGUACUACAGAUCAGAAAUUUCGAUAAAAUCAGCGAACGAGAUGUCAUACCGCACAUGUGGUACCUGUCGACGGAUUUCCAGCUGUUCGUCGUCUCACUUGUUACACUGCUGAUAUUCAAACGGCGCAGGACUCUUACGGUGGGAGCAUUCGCCCUUCUAUCUCUGCUGGGCUGCAUUGCUGGAACGUGCGUCGUUGCAGUUUUUCAGCUUUCACCGUUUAUGAUCUUCCCAGGGUCGAUUCCGGACGUGAUGGUGCGAACUCUUGACGAAUACUACAUCCGGCCCUACUAUCACGCCGUGUGCUACUUCGCCGGCUGCAUGACGUACAUCGUUAUAGACGACUUCAAGGAGAGGAAAAUAUCUAAGCGGAUGCAGCAGGCUGGCUGGUACGUCUCUGUGGCCUGCUGUCUGUUCUGCGUAUUUGUGAAGUUCGCCUGGUACAGGAGCCCGAAUCCCGUGCCAACGGGCGUGACACUCCUUGCGGCAUUCUUGGACCGCAUCCUCUGGACACUCUUCCUAGUAUGGAUCACGCUCGCCUGCUCCACGGGACGAGGCGGAGCUCUAUCGAAGCUACUAUCCUGGAACGCUUACGUGCCGCUGAGCAAGCUCUCCUUCGGCGUCUACCUCAUCCAUGUGCCUUUCCUCCACCUCUUGUUUCACGCGUCCAGGGAACGAAUGUCCUGGUCGGUCUUCAAUCAGCUCACGUUGCUGUUUCUGCUGCUCGUCUGGAGCUUCUUGCUCUCCUAUUUAUCUUUUCUUGUUUGCGAAGCACCGACGGCUGCUCUCGACAAGCUGUUAUUCACCAGGCUAAUUGGAGGAGGAGGACGAAGAGGAGGAGGGAACUCGGGAAAGACACAACCUGGGAACAACCAAGGUGGUAGCGACGUGAAAGCACCGGAGAAUGCAGAAGACACUGUCUUCUCUCGCUGCUAAGCGGAAAGCAAGUCGGAGACUUCACGUCCGGUUCUCCAAUCACUGCGAGCCUCUAUUCCUGCUCAGAAUAUUGUGAACUAGCAAGCAUAUGAUGUCUUCAAUGGAAGCAAGCGAAACGGUGAACAUAUUCCUCGUCAUCGGUCAUUUAAUACCGCUAUUGAA